UUUACACUUUCCUUUCUUCCCCGUUGCCGACUUUCACUUUCAGGCAUCUUCUCGCUGUCUUGGCUUCCUCGCUUCACUAUCCUAUGGAUUGGCAAGGACAAAAGUUAGCGGAGCAGAUAAUGCAGAUAAUGUUGUUGGUGUCUGCCGUGAUUUCAUUCGUUGCAGGUUAUGUGUUGGGAUCGUUUCAGAUGAUGAUGAUCAUAUAUGCGGGUGGCGUGACUCUCACCGCAUUGAUUACGGUUCCGAAUUGGCCUUUCUUCAAUCGCCACCCGCUCAAUUGGUUGGAUCCCAUUGAAGCUGAGAAGCAUCCCAAGCCACAGGUGGCUGGGAGUUCGAAAAAGAAAGGCAGCAAGAAGUAAGGUAGUUUAAUUUGAUCUUAGCACCAUUUGAGUUUGCUAGGGGACUGAAUCGAUGUUUUCUUCUUUUAUCUGCUUUGAAGGAUACAAUAAUCUACUUGAUUUCCCUGAAUUUUUUUUGAACUAUGAAACAAUUAAUGGAACAGUUAUUAUUCUUGAAGGAUUCAAUAACCGGGUAUUAUAGAUGCUUAUCAUGGGGACAA